AAAAAUUCAUGUGAUUUGAUAUAUUUGACCUCACUCAAUAUUUUUUUAAAAAAAUUUUUGUCUGCUUUUGGCUCACAGAUGUAUAGAACUGUUAAGAGCACUGACAAACCUGCAGCUUCAUCAGAUGGAUCAGGAGAUGAAGAUUUUCUGUCUCCCAGAAAUACCCCAACUCCAUCCAACGGUCCAAAUUUACCUACAGAGCAUGACAUUAAUCUUUGGAGCAACUCUUCUAGUGGAGGAGUUUGGUUGUCUCGUUCAAGGAAUCCAGAUGGACUUCGUCCAGAAACCGUAUCAUCUCAGCAAACAACACGAAAUCAGUUUGAAGUAAGUCACCAAAUCAAAGCCGCUUUGUCUAAAUAUCCAUAAAGAGUAGUGUGUUUUGCAUUCAAAACUAAUCAGACUGCAAAGCACAAGUCAUUGAAUGGGAGGGCUGCGCCCGGCCUGCAUUCAAGAAGUGCCCUCAUCUGAUGGUUUACAUUGUGCAGUUGCAGUCCAAAUUGCACAAAAGUUUUCCCAUCUAUACCCCUUAUGUUCUACAAUAUAUAAAUGCAGGGUAGCAGUUUUGCUCAAUCAAAGAGCUUUACUGGGUCGAACUCGGAUCGCCACCAUAAUCCAAGCUUGGAGUUCACCUUAGGAAGAUCUGACUGGCAGAGUAAAGAACAUGACUGAGUUAACUGAUUUAGUACACUACUUAACUUUCAGACUGAUAAAACCUAAAAUGGGGAAAGAAAACAAAACAAGGGAGAUAGGGACAUUGGCACAGGCCCUAGCUAGUCAUAUCUCCAGAAGUUAGGUAUGCAUAUGUUUAUGCCUGUAUAUUGAUGUUUUUCGGUCUAAAUUAAGCUGCUGAUCGAUGCUGGAGAUGAUGUGAUGUUAGUUAUGAUCAAAACAAGAGAAAAGAAAAAAAUGAGAUAUAAUAUUGGUGCAUCUUAUGGGUAAUAUAUUCUACUCUAAUUUUUCUCUUUAGUGGGGUGAGUUGAGAGUGAUUGGUGUGUGAAAGCUUGACAUUAUUUAUCUCUUUAUUAUGAGAAAAGGCAAUGGAAAAAGGCAUUUUGGGUGUAAAGACAUGGAGAAUAUUGAAUUCAUGCAUGCAUAAAAGAGUUCCUUCUUUAGUUUUAAGAUGCAUGGUUACUAGGACAUCAAAACUUUUAAGAAUUCAGAAUGGAAUUGUGUUGGCAUUACGGGGUGCAGGUUGUCCCACCUCAAUCUGAAGCUUUUGUGUUUUUUCAAAAUUGGCGAAAACUCUUUAAAUCUUGGGAUAGAUAUGAUUCCAUCAACUUGUUGGAUCUUUUUGCAUCGAUCAUUUCCAUCUUAAUUCGCUUGCAUAUAUAAUUACUUUGUGGAUUCCAUCUAUGUGAUUGCCUUCAUUUCUACUGUAAUGGGAAGUUGUAUCAUU